UGUGCAGAUUGGAGAGCUCAGACACUCAGGGAAACUGGAGGGGGGAGGAGAACAGUGGAGAGGCAGAAGGAGGGAUUUGUCCUCAUGGUUGACAACAUCUUUUUUUGCACUAUCCAGGCAAAGCAGCCUGAAAUCUGAAACUGCAGAAGUGGUGUGGUCUGUAAAGUGUUCGCCACUUUGCUGUGCUCUCUCUCAGUUCACUUUUUCCACACUGGUAACACGCAUACUCCAUCAAAGACGAUUUCGACAGAGGCGCUUCUUCUGCUGUUGUGGAUGAUCCUGAGAGGAAACAGUUCUCCCAAUGGCCCUUCAUCCUAUUGGUCUGUGUGUGGUGUUUUGCCUCAGCAGCACUUUGGCUACACCUCUACCUUUUUACAGUACUGCAGAGGGAAGUACAGAUGAGGAAGAACCUGGCAUCUUUACUUCCUCACAGCCCACCAGCAGCUCCCAAGUCUCCGAGUACCAAACCACACCUGUUGGGCCCACACCUGUGGAAACUUACUUUCUGGGUCAGGUUGUGAAGUUUCUGGAGGAGAACAUGUUCCUCAUCAUUGUUGCAGCCACUUUAAUUCUUCUCGUCUUCCUUAUUAUAUGUGGGGCAAUUACCUUGAGCCGCAGGCGAAAAGUCACUGCCUACUACCCUUCUUCCUUCCCUUCAAAGAUGUAUGUGGACCACAGGGACAAAACCGGAGGUACUAAACUCUUUAAUGAAGUGCCAGGAAAGCCUACUUCCGAGCAAGAAAGUGAGCCAGUAGAUUCUCACAAGCAGCUCCAGGCAGACAUCAUGAAGGCUGCCAAGAGCUUGCGCACGCCAAAUAAAUCUGUUGAUGCUGCAGAUGGAAGUGAUCACAGUCAGAAAAUAGCAGACAACAGUCCUGAGGACAGCUCUAAACUAGAUGACAGCAUCCUGGAGCAGCAGCUCCCAAGUCUCCAUGAGGAAAAGCAGCAGUGUGAGCCUUCUGACACUGGGGCAGUUGUGGUGGGAAGCAGACCAGAGCUGAGUCCUCCAGAGCAGCCUCACCAAGAGGGAGAUGAUUCAGAGCAGCCUUAUCCAGAGAAAGAUAAUUCACAGGAGCCUCUGACUGGCAGGAGUCUCCGACCCUCCUCUCUGCAUAUUCAUAAUGACUCUGCUACACUUCAGCUGAUCGCAGGAGAGAAAACUGCCUUCUAAAUACACAAACUGACUUGAUUAUACUCUCCAACACUUUGAAUCCACAAGUGCUAAAUAAUAGUUUAUAAUAAAUGCAAUGAAUUAAAGGUGAUUCAGUUCCAUAACCAUCGUAUCUAUCAGGAAAAACA